AUGCAGCGACGCCCAGUCAAGAGGUUGCGCUGCGUGUGUGGGAGCGAUGGCGGGGAAUACGAUCUGGCCAAGGCAGUCAAGGCGCACGAGGCCAUCGCCGCAAUCGACAAGAGUAAGCUGUGCACUGCCGGUGAGAUCACGGCGAUUCCAUAUCCGGGAAUCGGCAAGGCGCCGUCGAUGCCCGGAGGAGAUCUCCAGUUUGUAGGUCGCCGUGAUCUUGAGAGCCUGGUGGAAGCAGCCAAAGAGACAAAAACGCUGCUAGUCGUUGGGCCGUGUGGAAUCGGCAAGAGUUGCUUGCUCAGGGCUUUGGCUUGCGGGUGGAUUCACGAUGCCGCGGGGACUAACAGCAGGAUUGUUUGCCUCUGGGACCUCGCGAUUGCUAUCGCUAAGCAGGACUUGGCCGGGUGCGUGAAGAACGCGCUGAGGUUCACGUUUUGCAAGGAGGCCGAGCUGUUGGAUGAGAUAGAUCGCUUGGGUUCUAUGCAAGACAUCGCCAAGUUCUUCCGCGAUCAAGUAGCAGCCGCGGGUGACGAGUUUUACUUUGUCGUCGAUCAGUGGGAGAUGCUUGACGCUCUUGGAGAGGAAAUGCCAGUGCCAGUUCCCGCCAAGGAGCUGCGUAAGAAGUUCCACAGCGAUUUGUUUGCUUUGUUCUCACUUGCAGCAGUGACUGUCUUGGGGCUGUCUCGUGGGGUUGGAAUGACGCAGGAGUACUUGCAGCUGCGGUAUAGUCCGUGCGAACUCUUGCUCCUGGAGGAUGGUUUCUACGGGGAGGAGCUGACUGCUUUCCGAGACAAGCUGAGCGUUCUCGGGCUCCUUUGCUCGCGAUUCCCGAAGCGCUCAAUGCUUGUGGAGCAUUACACAGGGAGGCACCCGUUUUCGUUGGCCGUCUUGGACAGCAGCUGCCGGAGCUAUGCACUCGGCAAGCUCGUGGCCCGCGAACUACCAAGUUCGUGGUUACACCGGCGUGGUCCGGAAAGGAAGCUUAGUCCGGAAGAGGUAGUAGCAUGCCUGGAGGACGAGGAGGACUGGCUGGCGGCGAUUGAAACUUUCUUGUCAUCGGGUGAGAUGGCGCGGAUCAGUUUCUCGCUUGAGUACGCUCUGGCGAUGCGAAAGCCGCUGCGACGGGCAUGCCAGACAAUAGAGGACAUGGCUAAGUUUGAUUCGAGUUUCAUUGUUGGUGACGAGGAGGAGGGGCCUGAGUUUGUGACUGAGCACAUCGCCCUAGUGUAUGCGGAUGUGUUCCGAACAGCGGAGAAGGCCAAUGUCUUCAGUGGUUCAUGCCACACCGGAUCCGGCAUGGAUUUCUCAACCUUGCAUUAG